ACAAAAGUGACAACUACCCAAUUUAAAAUUUUUAGAUUUAGUUUGCAAAACGACCGCCAGAGGCUCCAUCUCCGAUAAUUCAUUUUGUAAAUCAGCCAUCUCAGAAAUAUUUUCCACAAUUCGCCGAUUUAAUCAGCAAAGAAUGGAGCCCGUAGGCCAUAUGAUUUCUCAGCAUUCAACCAUACUGCCUGUGCAGCCUCCUUCAACCCCGCAUUACCCCCAUCCACGUAAAAACAAGACCAGCCAGAAACACUUACCUAGCAUGCAGACCUUGACUCUUACCGAGGAAGCCAAACUGGUUUACAAUAAUGAUGUGAACGGAACCAAGACUCCGGUAUCAGUGCUGCAAGAACUACUGUGCAGGCGCGGUAUUACUCCUAAGUACGAGCUUGUGCAAAUUGAAGGUGCCAUUCAUGAGCCAGUGUUCAGAUACAGAGUGUUUCUGAAUAAUGAAUUUGCGGCUACAGGCACGGGUAGAUCGAAGAAGGAUGCCAAGCAUUCGGCUGCUAAGAAUCUACUUGAUUUAUUGGUGGGAAAACAGAGUGCUGAGCAGGCUAAUCAGAGCAAUGGGACACCUGGAGCCCCCGAUAUUACUACUCAGGUUGUAUCUCCGUAUGAUGAUAAAGUGAUGGGCAAUCCUAUUGGUUGGCUUCAAGAGAUGUGCAUGUCGAAAAGAUGGCCACCACCGUUCUACAACAAGGAGAACGAGAAAGGUCUACCCCACGAAAGAGAAUUCACUGUUUCAUGCCAGGUGUUGAAGUUUCGUGAAGAGGGAACUGGUAAAUCUAAGAAGCUGGCAAAGAGACUGGCUGCUCAAAAAAUGUGGCAAGCCCUAAGAGACAUGCCAUCCGAAGGCAACCUACUUGAGAGCGACGAAGAAGCUGGCAAAUUGAGCGGCGUGCACCGCUAUUCCGGAUUGAAAGACAGCAAAAUUACCAUUCUCAGCAAUCAGCAAUCCCAGAAAGUGUCUAAUUUCCACAAGAAACUCAAACAGGCCGCUGGACCGAAACUGAACGAAUUACAGACCGUCAACUUGAAAAAGAAGGACUUCGACUACGUCAAGUUCCUGCAAGAGAUCGGCAAAGAGCAGAGCUUCGAGGUGACCUACGUCGACGUGGAGGAAAAAUCCUUCAUCGGCAAAUCUCAGUGCCUAGUGCAACUGUCAACCUUGCCUGUGGCGGUGUGCUACGGGUGCGGCGAGACGCUGGCCGAUGCCCAAGCGGACGCGGCCCACAACGCGUUGGAGUACCUCAGGAUCAUGACCAAAAAGUGAGGAGAUGGGGAGACCAAUGAUAUCGCUUAGAAAAAUAAAACAACAGGUCUCUACGCUCACUACGUUUGGCUUUUCUUCUCUUGUCCGAGUUCGGUUUGAUGGUACUGGAGUACCUCUCACUUUCAAUUUUUUAUGUAUUUAGUGAAAAAAAGGUCAGGCCAUAGACGGUUCGAGCGAUGCGCGCCGGUGUAUUCGUACUUUUACAUCGUUUAUUUAUUUUAGAGUUUUUUUUGCAUGAAAUGUAACUGAUGGAGUAUACAGGGUCUUCCUAAAUGACUUGCUAAUAAAUAUUUAAGAUGGUGAUUCUUGGACUAUUAUAAGAAAACUUCAUAAUAUGAAUGUAUGUCCUAAACAUUCUAACUUUUAAGAUUCAGGCUGGUAAAAUUUUCUAAAAAGAAUAGUAUAUUGUUUUAUUAUAAGUAAAAAUGAUACUAUAUACAUUUUUACUCCGAAUAGAACAUGUUAUUUUUGUUUAAAUAUCACAAAUAAUUUUUUAAACAAAGUUUUUGUAAGCAGUUAUACAUAUAUCGGGAAACUAUGGUUACACUCGUUGAAUUUGACACUUAAUAUCAGUUUAAUAAUACAUAUCUUUUUGGACUUUUAUGCCUAGGCGUUGAAAUUAUUAUUUUCAGAAUAUUUUUAUUUUUACUAUUCGAAGUCAAAUCGCUAAUAACAUGAUGAGGUGACUGUUUAAAAAAAAUCUGCAUAAAAAAUGCACUUUUAUGCAUAGAAGAUAUAUCAAAUUUCAUAAAUAUAUCUCUAAUACCAUCAGAGUUAUGAUUUUUGUAUUUUGUCACCCUGUAUCUCAAAGGUUAAGAUGUUUAGGAUAUAUAUUCAUAUGAUUUUUUUUAGAAUAUGUACAAGAAUCACCCCCUUAAAUAUUAACAUGUCAUUAAGGAACACCCUGUAUAUUAAAUUAAAAAUAUUUGAAGAUUUAUAUAAUUAUUCAAGAUGGUGUUAAGUGUAACAAGGUUGUUAUUUUAUGUAAAUUUCUAUUAAAUAUUCAUAAAUUAAGUUUUUAUAAAAUAAUACUAAAUUUUAAGAUUUUUAUAUCUUAAUAUUUUAUUAUUAACUUUUUUUUUAAUUAUAAAUUUUUUAUUUGGUCAGUUUCUUUUGAAAUAAUAAUCUGUCAUGUAUUCGUCAAAAGUAAAUAUUUCGAAAAAAAGAAAGAAACUUCUUUUUUUCCAGUAAAAUAUUUAUUUUUUGGUAAGUUUUUAUGCGAUUGUAAUUUCAAAAGCUACUCUGGCGCCAAUUUUUGCGAUCGUAUGCUUUAAUUUAAAAAAAUAAACAUCACAAUCACGAUCGUAAAAUUAAAACAUUUUUACGGUGAUAUUAUUAUAGCAAUUCGUCAGCUUUAUUAAAAUUUAUCGAUAUUAGGGAGGAGUAAAAUGUAUUAGUUAUUAACAAUAUCGAUUGGGCUGUAUACCAAAAAAAAAUCGAUAAUUUUAUAAAAUACCGAGAUUUCAAUCGCUAGCCAAAAAAUACAUUACGGUUUUUCUGAAUGUCUCAAAAAUGUUAAAAACAUCGACUGAUAAUUUAUCGAUAUUUUAUAAAAUAUCGAUAACAGUGAGCCUCCCUAAUCAAAAUUUAUUUUUAAAAUUAAGUAGGUAUAUAUAUUUUUUUCAAGCUUUUACACGCAUUUUAUGUAUUUAUGAGAGUUUUUUUGUUUAGUUCGAACCGAACAUGGCCUGCUAAAUAUAUAAGGAGAAGGAUAGCAAGUUUUUUACAAGCUAUACUUUGCAUAGAAUUAGUGGUUUUUUUCGAGGAUAAAAUUUAGUUUUUCUUUAUUUAUAUGUUUUUGUUUUGGAGUCGUGUUUCUAAAUAUUGUAUCGUAUAAUAUAAUACGCACUAUAUUAUAUAUAAAACUACUACUUUUGGCGGCAUAAAAAGAUGCUUCCGUGCCACUUUUCUCUAAUCUAGUUCGAUGAAUAUAUUUAAUGGUGUUCAUUAUGUAAGUAAAUAACCUUUUAAUCCCUUAUAAUCUCGUAGCUUUAGCCUAAUAAGGUGCCCGUGGGGAUUCACACGAAAAAAUCGGAAUUUGUAGGGAUGUACUCAAAGAUCGAAGUUUUAAAACGAAUCGACAUUUUAGGAUUGUGUAUGAAUAUCGAUACGCAACAAUUAAUCGAUUGUAUUGAAGGUGUUGUGAAUCCUCUAGGCGCCGGUAUAUAUACAUAUAUCGUAUUAUCGUGACUUAAUCACUCAUAUCGGUCGAGUAUAUAUAGUGCCCCAGAACAUGACACAACAAACCGUAUUGUGCAAAGGGAGCAUUUAUUUAAUGCAAAGUAUAGAGGUUGUAUCCCCCCAAAAAUCAUUAAAAAACAAAAAACUAUUAAUUAUAAUUAACAUAUAUGUCAAUAGACCGAAUAAUCCCAUUCGUCAGGAUUGAGGAACGCGUGGCCUAGCUUGCGUUCUCUUCUGUUCAGUUCACAUAAUACUAAUCUUAGGGUUUUUUCUCAGCAUUGUUAGUUGUAUUGAUGUGUAUGAUAAUUAAGUAAUAUAAUUUUAAUGGCUUCAAAAA